GUAGUGCAACCCGUGACACAAGAAUGACGUAACGUUUAGAGUCCAAUGGCGCAUUUUAAUUUAGUUUUCAUGAAGCUUAAUAUGUAAUAUGGUAUAGUAUAAAUGUGGUAUUAUUAAGCCGGCGGUCUAUCACCAUGACUGAGCACACAAAGUUACUUUUGACAGCAUUUUGUUCACUUUUAGGAAAUCCUGCAUCCCGGUGCAUUACAUUGAAGUGUACCUGGACAGUCCUGAUGUUAGACUGUGCGCUCUUUGGUGUUCCUUGUAAAUCUAAUAAGAGGGAUAUGUGGCUCACCUCAAAAUGACAGCCUUCAUCGUCCUAUUAUUUUUCCCGAUGGUCCAUCUUACAUCACUUUUAAAAAGGGGAAGGCCACACAUUAGCUAUAACCAAAACUUUCCUGCAGCUUUGUGCGCAGUCAUGUUUGGAGAAUGGAAACCGAAAGUGUGAUAAUGUGGAGAAACGAAUCUUACACGGAGUGGGCGGGGUGGCACGCUCAGCUGUAUAAAAUACCAGCGAGAAACCAGAGGACGGCACAAGUGUGAGCAUCUCUUGCUGCCUCCAGUCGGACCAAGUUCAACAGAGGAAACCAUUGUUUUGACGAUUUCAAGAACAGACGGCAAGGAAUUAACCUAAAGCAUGGAUCUAAUCAUCACUAUGCUGAACGGGGAGUCCCAGCCCGUGAGUGUGCAGCCGGACACCACCGUGCAGUCUCUCAAAGUCCUCAUCCACCAGCUGCUCCGAGUGCCUCCGGGGGAGCAGAGGCUGCUCUAUGAAAAUGGCCAGAAGAUCAGCCUCAGUGAUGACUCCAAGACUCUCACCUCGUACGGCCUGCGAGCCGGAUCCAAAGUGUGGGUGCUGAGAACUGAGGCAUCCGUGUUCCAGGUGUUCCUCAAAAACGAGAAAGGCCAGAUCAGCACACACAACAUCACAGCGGCGGAGACGGUGGACGACUUCAAGAAAAAGGUGAAGGCCAGGGAGGGGGUGCCUGUGGACCAGCAGAGGCUGAUCUACGAGGGCCGGCAGAUGGACAACGGCAAGCUGACGGACUACAACGUCCGAGAGGGAAGCACCAUCUACCUGACGCUGCGUCUCAGAGGAGGCUGAGGAGGUUACCUGGAUGACGUCACGAGACAUUAUUCAUUUAUCUAUUAACAUAAUGCAAAAUAAGAUAUUAAUUUAUUUUUAUUAUGGCUUUUUUUUUUUUUUUUUAGAAUGCAAUGCAUGGCUUGGGGUUUUUACAAAGUGAGAGUUUGUAAUUCUUUUAGUCUUGAAAAAAAAAAUUGUUUUGGCAAUCGACAAUAUGUUAUGAUAUUGUUACACAAAUAAAA